AUGGAGGAGCCAGGCGUGGAAGGAGCGGCCGGCACGAGACAUGAAUCCACCCCAUCCACAGCAACAACACCUCCUCCGCCGUCACCGCCGCGGCCAAUGACCCCCAAGGCUCCCUCCAGCUCGACGAUCGAGCCUUCCACCUCUGCCACGCCCGCGACACCCGCCAAUGCUGCCGUUGCCGCCGUCAAGCAAGGGGAGGAACGCACAAAGGACCACGACUCCAUGGUAACGGUGCGCCUUUCGGAACCACCGGCCCUCAAGGUCGACACCAACAUGUCGCCUGCUUCCACGAGGACCAUGACCCAGAGCGAGGCUCGGCGACGACACAGCAGAGAGGAGGUGGACACAGACGGGGAGCAAGAGGAGGAGAGCUUGUGUCAGGAGACCGGCUCGGAAGACAUGGGAGAGCGCAAUAUUACAACACAGAAUGGCCGGAGUCUACGAGACGAGCUGGGUCAGGAUACAGAUGAGGAUCCUGUAACGCCCAUGGAUGAGGGCGACGUCUCGCCCACCUCAGAUGCAGAGGAGGUUGACUGGGAGGGCCUGCAAAAGACGGAGGAUGCAGAGUCCAGGGAUCAAGACACGGAUAACGUAAGUGGUCUCUCUACAUGGAGGGGAGCCAUGGUACUGUCCACUGCUACGGGUUCACUGACAAACCAAUCCCGAAUCAAGACUGCGCUGCUGCUGGCCCGCCUCGAGCAGGAAAACGCCAAGCUGGCAACCAACCCCAAGAGCAUCAAGGUCCGGGAAGUCGAGCGGCUGCAGCAGCAGUCGCCGACCAAGCGCCCGAGGCCGCCGUCGAUGGCGCAGCUGAAGGAUAUGGUCCACGGCCCGACGCCCCCGGCCCUGCGGUACUCGAUGCUGCCGCCGCCGCCCAUGACGGACCUCGAGUUCUACGCCGCCCUGGUCAAGGACUACCAGCAGACGGCGGCGCGGCUGCCGACCCUGCUGUCCAACAAGAUCCGCAAGGGCGUGCCGCCGCCGCUGCGCGGGGUCGUCUGGCAGAGCAUGUCCGGGUCGCGCGACGCGGCGCUCGAGGAGCAGUUUGACAAGUUCUGCGGCGAGAGCAGCCCCUACGAGGGCAUCAUCGGCAAGGACCUCGGCCGGAGCUUCCCUGGCGUCGACAUGUUCCGCGACCCGGAGGGCGACGGCCAGCGCAUGCUCGGCCGCGUGCUCAAGUGCUACAGCCUGCACGAGCCCAAGAUCGGGUACUGCCAGGGCCUCGCGUUCCUCGUCGGCCCGCUGCUGAUGCACAUGCCUGACAAGCAGGCGUUUUGCGUCCUGGUCAAAUUGAUGGAAGACUACGAUCUUCGAAACUCGUACACGCCCGAGCUUUCGGGGUUGCACAUGCGCAUCUAUCAAUUCCGCGAGCUCCUGCGACAGCAUCUGCCCAUUCUGUCGUCCCAUUUGGACGAUUUGCAGGUGGAGCCUGCCUAUGUUUCACAAUGGUUUUUGUCCUUCUUCGCCGUAACAUGCCCCCUACCCAUGCUGUUUCGCAUCUACGAUGUCAUCUUUGCCGAAGGCGCCUCGGAGACGAUCAUGCGGGUGGCCCUCUCGCUCAUGCACAAGAACCAGGGACGCAUUCUGGCGUGCACCGAAAUGGAAGACGUCCUGCAGCUGCUGCUCUCGCGCGGCCUGUGGGACUGCUACCACUACAACGCCGACGAGUUUGUCCAGGACUUUGUCGGGCUCAGCAGCGUCGUGACCAGACCGCGACUUGCAGCGCUAGAGCAGGGGUACCGAGAGGCGCAGAUCGCUAACACCCCCAGCACCAAUGCGGCCCGCACGUCGGACGUUACCACAGCAGCCUCGCGAUUUCUGGGCCGGCUCUGGUCCUCGUCCACAAUUGGCAUUGGCGGCGCCGCCUCCACCAACUCCACCUCCACCACGACCAUACCCAAAUCAUCCACACCCUCAUCGAGCUCGACCCUGAGUCCCGGCCUCGUCGCGCCCCUUCGACCGUUGAGCAUGCUGCGACGAAGCGCAUCCAAGCAGAGCCUGGCGUCGACGCUCAAUUCCAUGGAGGCUAGCUCCUCCGCCGCCAGCAUCCUGAGCUCCGCAUCGACAGAGGCCACGACCGUCUCCCGCGACUCCUCGGCCUCGGACGACCCGUCGGCCAGGGGCUCCAAGCCCGCCGCGACGGCGGCGUCGACGGCGGUCAAUUCGGGCAGCAACAACAACAACAGUAGCAACAAGAAUUCAGACAGCAGAUACCUGCACAGCCAGAUUGAGGACCUGCUCACUGCGCUCAGCGACCUCCAGCGGCAGCACUCGCUUUUAGCCGACCAAUUGCAGCGCGAGAGGGAGGAGCGAGACGAAGACAAGAAGGCGGUCCGGUCGCUGCUCGACGGACUGAGGAAGAAGGCCGGCACGGACGCCGUCCAGGCGAUAGCGGGCGGCAGCAGCGAAGAGACGAUUCAAGGUGUCGGCGAGAACAAUGAAGAAACCCCAGAGCAAACGAGGCCCAGUGCACCUUCCACAACGACACCUCCUCCAUCCCAACCUCCCGCAGAAGACAUAUCCGAGCUCCUAGACACGGUAGAAGGACGGUUCGGCACGCAAGCCGAGGACGAUAGACGAUCAUCGAUACCCCAGACCAAAUCACAAUUGCGAGACGAGCUCGCACGGGCCAAGGAGCAGCUGGCCAACGAACUAGCCAAGGGCCAAGAGUGCAACAGGAGGAUAUACGACAUUGAGCAGGAGAUGACGACGCUGAAGGACCAGCUCCGGGACAGCCACACGCACGUCCGGAGCCUGCACCAGGACAAGCAGCGCCUGGAGAAGCAGAUCCACGGGAUGCGGACCCGGGCCUCGGCGGACCCCGGGGCGCCCGGAGGAGGCGGCAGCUCCGCCGAAGGCUCCUAUUCGUCAGACUGGCUGCCCAAGUCAAAUAGUGCCGGCGGCGGCGGCGGCCUGCGCGAGUUCAAGCUGGCGCGCAGCAGGUCGACGCCGUCGCAGGUGUCGAGCGGCCUGUCGCCGUUUGGCAAGCGGUCGUCGUCGAUGAUGACGGUGCGGAACAACAACAACAACAACAACAACAACAACAACAACAAGGACGAGGGCCCGCUGCCCGAGAACGAGGCGCUGCUCCUGGAGCUGGUGCAGGCCAAGACGGCCGAGGCCGUGGCGCGGCAGGAGGCCGACGAGGCGAGGCAGAAGCUUGAGUCGCUGCGCAAAGCGUUCGGCUUGGCCCCUGGGGACACGCCCACGACGGCGACGCACGCGAGCGGGAUAGCUGGGUCGGCGGCAAGCGCGGCGAGCGCGGCGAUGGGCAUGUUUGGCCGGUUCACUGCGUCUGCUGCUGUGGUGUCGUCGUCGGCGCCGGCGGAUGGCGGCGUCAGGGCGACGUCGAGGGACCCUUCGCCUGCGCCGUCGCAGAAGUCGCUGCAGACGGCGGCUACGGCGCCCGUUGCGUCGAGCGGCGCUGGGACGAUGAGCUCCGGCGGUGUGGGGAGCUUCUUUGGGUGGCGGAGGGCGUGA